UAUUCUAAACUUUAUCGAACGAAAAAAGAAAAGCGAAAUUAAUCUAAAACGACAUGUCUUAGCAAGAAUUUCCAAAUUUGACGAGGAACCCAUAUACAAUACAUGGUUGUUAUUCAAAGAACAUGUAUAGAUUGAUUUCCCCUCUGUGUCUGCCUCAUCUUUCUUCAAGAUCUCUUCUUUUUUCACAAAACCAAGUAGACCCAUCGAUACCCAGUUGCAGAUAUAGCUAUGGAGGUGAUUUUAACCAUCUUUUCUUUGCUCCUCAACAAUUUACUCCAAUUUUCAAGAAUUUCAAGAAUAGGAGGAGACACGGUCUCACCCUUACGAAAGCAAGUCGCAGAGAAUCUCCUUAUGAAGUUUUAGGUGUGUCUCCUUCUGCAACUCCUGAUGAAAUCAAAAGGGCUUAUAGGAAACUUGCUUUGAAGUAUCACCCAGAUGUUAAUAAGGAGGCAAAUGCUCAGGAGAAGUUUAUGAGGAUUAAGCAUGCAUACAAUACACUGCUGAACUCUGAAUCUCGAAGAAAGUAUGAUGCUGGAAAAUCAUCUGGUUAUUCAUACUCUGGCUCUGAAAGAAGUCAAAGCAGUACCCAAAAUGAAGAAGAGUUCUAUGGAUUUGGUGAUUUUUUGAGGGAUGUUCAGAUAACAAUCGGUAGUUUGUGCUGGGACUUCUUUAGAGAUCUCCAGGAAGAAUUUCAGAAUUGGGAAGCCAGUGCUUCAUCACAAGGGAAACCGAAGAGCCUGUGGGAGGAACUAGCGGAAAUUGGAGAAGAAUUUGUAGAAUUUCUAGAGAAGGAGCUUAACAUAACUGAUACAGAAUUGGAAGCAAAUGAUAAUGGACCUCAAAAAGAGAGUUCAUUUUCUGCUUCUGGGUCAAAGAGAGCAGGAGAUGUUGGUCAAAAUGAAAAUGGCAAGGGAAGCAGCAUUAAAGAUAACAUUGAUGAGAUUGAAGCUACUCUUGCUAAGUUGAAAGAGGAACUGGGAUUGUAGUAAGGAAAUGCAGCCUGACAUGGAUAUUAUGUUGGAAGCUAGCAAGGCCAAGCAUACCAGCCGUCAUCAAGAACAUGUUUAGAAGUAAUUGAUAGGAGGUAACUGCAAAAUUUUCAGAAAUAGUUUAUUGAAGCAGGCACUCUCUGCUCGGUGAGGGCUGUAAAAAUGUUCAUUGCAGGAAUCAUUUUUGGCAGAACUGCUAUUUCUUUCUUCACACAAUUUGGUCAUUUAAGUCCUCAAAUUGUAGAUAUUGAAGAUGACUCUUAAGUAGGGAGGUAAGUAAUUCUGUGUGCUGAAUUUGGUAAUGUGCAGAUCUUUUUAUUUUCAACAAAGUAGUGAUAUAUAUAUCAGUUACAGAUGUUUCAGAUCCUUGAGUCUCUUUGAGCUUUCUCUUCAAUGUAAAAAGCUCUGGUUUCUGGGUUUGAGUUCAGCUUUA